AUCUCGGUGUUGAUCAUAUGCUGUAACGGCGCUACAGCCUGCCGAGUGCGCAGUCGAGGCUAUUUUGGUACAGCCCUCGAAAGGCCAUCAUGUAAUUGCUAUGAUAGGCGGUGUAACGUAGCCAUCGUACAUAUAAAACCACCACGAGUGGUCUAUGCGGCAAUCAUCCCCACAUCAUUUCUGCCAUGAGUAACUAUCCCGAUGAAAAAUCUAACAACCCGACCGCAAUCUAUCUAGAGCCCCCUGUCCCGGCUCCUCAGCAGCAACAGAAUCAAUACCAGGCACCUUUAAGCCCACCCCCUGCAUACACCCAGGAGGCAUCUUAUGCUCCGCGUGAUAGCACGUAUCAAGAGUACAACCCUCAGCCACAAACAUACCAGGCGCCUCCAGGAUCAGUAUCCCACCUUCCUCCAGGAAAUCAGGGAGAUCAGGCACCACUAGCAACUGGUCAUUAUGACCGAAAAGGCGGGGAAUACCCAGCAUACCAGGGGGCUUCCCCAGGAGCUAGGGAUCCAGAUGACCAUAACAGGGCAGGAUCAUCAAAUUACCCUUUAUACCAGCCGAACAACAGUCUUAGCCCAUACAACCAGACUCCAGGCGCUGUGCCACAAGAUCGUAUACCUUCCCCAAAUGGCGAGAGUAAAGGGUUGUCCCUGGCUUCAUUCUUUGGUAGCACGGGUCCUCCGCCAAUGUGGCAACGUCAGCCGCCUCAGCAUAUGCGUUACGACCAGUUCCCUCCCAUGUGUCUCGUCUCAAACCAAACGGACCUGAGCAAAGGCUUCCCUGAGGUAGCUCCCCCAUGCCAACUAUGUGUUCACCCAUUUGCGACGCAUGAUAUCUCGGAGGAGGAUUGGAAACGAUUCCUGGCAGACAUCAAGAAAGCAGGUUCGUUAUCUGUGGGACAACGCAUCAAAUCGAAUGCCAUACCCCUUAUAAUAGGGGUCGGUCUUUUUGGCGGGUUCCUCAUGACUGGAGGCAUCGAGAAACGAAUGAAAGCGAAUAAUCGCAAUGCGGCGGGAGACAUCGUUGAUAACUGGAACCAUUACUUCUUCGGACCUCGCAGAAUGGAGGCCGUUCUCUGCCAAGGGUCCGAGCGCUUGAGCGGCCGUGAGGGAGCGGCCCCGCUUGGUGAUUAUGACCAACUCCGCAAGGCAAAUGGCCUCCGUCGUCGAGCCUCGAGUUCCUCUUCUUCUUCGUCUUCUUCAUCAGAUUCCGAGGAUGACAGGAGUCGCAAUAAGCAUGGAUUCGGGUCGUCUGCAUCCCACCAGUUUGAUAAAAGACAACGCCGUGCCGCGAGAAGGGAGGCUAGGACUGAGAAACGCCAGGAGAAACGCGCUCGUAAGGCAGAACGUCGCAGUGGUAAGGCUCGUAGAGAACGUUCGGAGCCUUACCAGCUUUUCAUUCAAGCUAUCUAGUGAAAUAGAUGAGUAGAUGCGAGAUAAAUCGUCAAGGAUAUUUAUUGUAUUCGAGUCCUUGUGGUCUUUGCGUGGUGUGAUAAAAAUGAGUCAUCAUUACAGACCCGGAUAAUAACAACCCUUUUUCAACGCCAUUCAUGAGAAAUGGUAUGGAACAAGAAAAAUGUGGGGUGGGUGAAGGGUUCCUAACUU